AUGCAAGUGCCGGGGGCUGCGGAGCGCAACAAGGGCCCGAUCCUGGAGGUGCUGCGGCAGUACGCGGCGUGCGGAGCCCAGGCGGGGCCCGGCAGCCUGCAGGUGCUGGAGGUGGGGGCGGGCGCGGGGCUCCACGCCGCGCACUUCGCCCGGGCCCUGCCGCAGACCCGCUGGCAGCCCUCGGACAUCGACCCGCGGGCACUCCGCAGCAUCUCUGCCUAUGUGGAAGCCUUGCGGAUACCCAACUUGCUGCCCCCCAUCCUGCUGGAUGUGGCACAGGGUUGGGAGACCUGGGGAGGUGCCCAGCCUGGCACCCUGGACCUGCUGGUCAGCAUCAACAUGAUGCACAUCACCGAGCUGGGCUGCACCGAGCCCUCUGACUGUGCCCCUUCCUCUUUUUCUUUCCAGGGCCUGUUCAAGGGUGCUGGGGUGCUGCUGAAGCCCGGAGGCGUGCUUUUCACCUAUGGGCCCUACUCCGUGGAGGGCCACAUCAGCCCCCAGAGCAAUGUGGAUUUCGACCACAGCCUGAGGCAGAGGAAUCCUGCGUGGGGCCUCCGGGACACAGUGCUGCUGCGGCAGCUGGCACAUGCCAACGGGCUGUGCCUGGAGAGGAUGGUGGACAUGCCAGCCAACAACAAGAGCCUCAUCUUUCGCAAGCUGUGA